AAAACAGUUUUAUCUAAAACAACAGCACAAAUAUAUAAAUGCACUUUCACAAUUUUUCAAGCAAUCGGUUUGCAUCACAUAGAGAGACAAUGGACUCGAUGAAAUUUGUUUAUAUGUUACUGUUUGCCUCCGCAUGUUCCGGCUGCACAUAUAUUCCGCGAAGUGAGCAAAUGGACUUCUGUAAUGCAGAUUUUGCGUUUGAAGCAGAAAUUACGUCAAAUGAUACUGGAAUAAUCAGUAUAAAGUAUGGGUUUGACGUUGUUACUGUAUACAAGGGUGCUGCCGAGAACAUUCCUUCUACUCUUCUCGGACAUGGUACUCUAUUCUCCUGUGGACCUCAGAUGUUAGAUCUGAACACUAAGUAUUUAAUCUUCGCCACAAUCAAUGGUGAAAAUAUUCAGAUCACAACAUACAGAAAAAUGGCUGACGUGAAACCAUCAGAUAUUGAACGAAUAACAACAAAUUAUGAUUGUACCUGCACCAUCAAUAUUAACUACGCAGCAUUCCAUGGGGCGCAAAGUCAGCAACUUCCGGAACCGUCAAAAAACGAGUGUAACGCUCCUGAAGAUUUUUGCUCCAGAAGUGGGUAUUGUCAAAAGAAUUCGGACGGCGUUUGUACUUGGGGAGACACAGGCGAUUGUUAUUGAAGAAAAUGUUUAUAGAAGUUAACAUUUCUCGAUCGCUUAUAGAAUGACAACUGCAAGAAAAAUUUAUUUUGGCAUUUUUUCCCGAGAAAAAUAAAACAAAUAAGUAAAUCAAUCAUUUUGCAUUAAACACAUCAAGCGUCUAUAUUAAUAUGUUUUGCAGCAGGUUGCAAUAAAGAAGAAGAUACUAUU